GCCCCAGACGCCGGCCGAAAGGGAGGUGAGAUCGGCCGCUCCGCCACCGGCACUUUAGGUUCAACUCAUAGCUGGCUGCGGGCGGCCACUCUUCGGCUAGACUGCAGACGGUGAAGUCUGCUGUAGUGAACUAAGUACUGAGUGGCAUCCCUUCUGCGAUUCGUGGCGCAAUUCAGUGGAAACGUCGGAAGGGAUCGGCAAGCCAUAGAAGAGCAUCGGUAGAAGAUCAGGAAGAUUCGGAAGUAAUUUUGUAUUCGUCGAAGUUCACCAUCUAUCAGUCCAAGUGCGUCAUCAUCGUGUCAUCAGCGUACCCAACUGUGAAUCAUCGUGUUCCGUGAUAAAAUAAUCUUCCAACACCUUCUAUAAAGGCAAAAUUAGCAUAUAGAACGUCAACGCAGGUUAACUUCUACAUCUACCAUCGCCCUAGUCAAGCCAAGAUCACAAGCUAAACGAGCCACAAGCUAUCACCGUCCUGGGCCAUCGGGUGCUCGUUUCCAGACAUCAUGCUGCUACUCUGCUGCUACAUCCUUCCACUCCUGGCAUCCUUCCACACCCCUGCCGCGAACCCAGCCGCUCACUACACUGGCUAUGAGCACGGUCCUGGCGUCCCAUCAGCUUCAGUCGGUCUUGACAUCAUUCUCGGAGUAGAGGACGCAGAUUCCGGAGACCGUGGCGCCGACUACCACCAGUUCCUAAACUCGUUGGCCCAUCGCCCUCGCCCCAUGGUGCCGUUCCAGUGGUAUCCGUACUCGCCUCAUGAUCAUCACAGUGGCGCAGAGGACGGCGGAGCCGCGGGAGGAGGAACAGGAGUAGGAGGAGCGGGAGGAGCAGGAGGACACUUCUACAAGCCGAGUCGCUGGCCGGAGGAUCACGGAGCGGCCGGAGGAUCGGGCACGGAGUUCCGCCCGGAGGGAGCGCACAAGCCGACUGUGCUGUACCUGGAAGGAGAUGAAGUGCCGGGAGUCGAAGGAAGACCAAACCGUCCUGGACUUCUGCCCGAUCCGCAGGCAAGACCUGACCGUCCUGAGAUUCACGACCGACCCGGGCACCAUGACCGUCCCGGAGGCCAUGACCGGCCGUUCCGUCCGGGACGUCCGGGGUUCCCGGACCGUCCGGAACGUCCAGACCGUCCGGAACGUCCGGACCGUCCGGAACGUCCCCAGCGACCUCUGUCGCCCCCAACAGACGCCUUUAUCUGCCCGGACCACCACUCCUGCUCUGACGAAGUGUGGGAUCGCCGUGACACACGCCAGAGCCUCUCCUGGUCCGAUCGAGGCUGCUUCUGUGACGCCGAAUGCAGAAGAUAUGGAGACUGCUGUCGGGAUGCUGAUGCGCUCAAAGAUGAAGAGGAAGAAGGAGAGGACACGGAUGGAGAAAACGAAGAAGUUGGAACAGAGACGCCGCUGAGGUUGACAGCGGUCGGCGAAGACACAGAAGAGGGCAAGGAACAGGAAGAAGAGAAGGAAGAACUCGAGUGCCGUUCAGCGCCAACCCUGUCGUCGCUCGGUUCCACAUCUGCCGACGAAGAGAACUGGUACAUGAUGUCGGCAUGUCCGCGAGAGUUUGACCGCUACGACAACAAGGUGCGCUGUGAGGUACCAUCCAGCGCUUCCGAAGACCCUCUUUCGGCGCUUCCCGUCACCAGCGUGACGUCCAACACGACCUACAGCAGUCUCUACUGCGCCAUGUGCCACAACGACACCGCCGACAUCGCCUUCUGGCAGCUGGCGCUGCGAUGUCCUGACAUCAAGGCGAAUGAACCCACCCAGCGACAGCUCCUGGAUCGUCUCCGACGCACUCGUACCGGCUGGGGUCUCGAGCUCGACUCUGGACGCAGACAACAUUGCGAGCUGAUCGCCCGGCCUCCAACCACCGUCCGCGCGCGUCCCUGUCGCGCUCUGCGCAACCACUGCUCACGCUCUUCACCGCUCCACGAGGCUUGCGGCAACCACACCGCCGUGGUCUACGUGGCUGGUCAACCAUUCCGUAACGUCUACUGCGCGCAGUGUGCUGGUGCACGACCCGCCCAGGUGACCUGCAGUGCGCCUUGCGCGUCACUCCAGCGGCCUGCGGAUAUCGGCGGACUCAGGAUGCGUCUCACCAUCGCCCCCGGCGAAGACGAGCGUUGCGGUGAGACGGAGAUUCGCGACCCAUUCUCGCGACGCUGUCGUAGCGUGAUCUGCAGUCGACCUGGGUAUGAUCUUGUUGAUGGAGAGUGCGUCCGCACGGCGCGAGAUGAGGACGAAGCCGACGAUGAGCGUGAGGACAGGGAGAAUGGGGAGGAACCGGGCCAGCUGACAGAUCCCGAGGACAACUUCCUUCCAUCGGAGGGUCUCCUCGACACGGAGAAUGCCAUUGAAGUGGAACUGGAGGAAGCACUGGCACAGGCCGCGGCUGGGGAAGGAGAAGACCAAGGAGAAGAAGCCCCGGGAGUUGAACUUGCGGAACUGCUCGCUACGGAGGCGACGACAGAAGCGGAGGAUGAACAGCAGGGCAGUGGAGAAGCCGCAGAGGCGAUGGAAGAUGAAGACGAAGAGAAGGAGACAGACGCGUAACUCUGCUGCGUCUCGGCAUUGCUCAUUAGUGUAGUGUGUAAGUGUAUGUUCCUAGAAAAUAGCAUUAGUGUCAUUCAUCGCUGUCAUUCGUACUCACGUCCCAUAGAGAUAAAUACAUGCGUCGCGAAACAAA